CUUAUAAUGAAUUAAUAAUGUUUUAAUGGAUUAAUUACAAAAUUGAGUAGUAAUUUGAGUUUUCCUGGGUCGAUGCCCGAGUGGUUAAUGGGGACGGACUGUAAAUUCGUUGACAAUAUGUCUACGCUGGUUCAAAUCCAGCUCGGCCCAAUCAUUCGCAAAUCCAAAUAAGAAAAAAGAACCUGACCUUGAAAAAUAUCUCAGAAGUAUAUCUGAUAGAUAGAAAAAUAAAAAUUUUGACUGGAUUCCUUAGUUGAUUGACGGGGAUUGUAGUUCAAUUGGUCAGAGCACCGCCCUGUCAAGGCGGAAGCUGCGGGUUCGAGCCCCGUCAGUCCUGAUGGAUCCAAAGAAGAAAGAAAUAAGGUUACUGCUUCUCAUUUUUAUCUUGAAGUUUUAUAUGGGAUUAAAUCCCAAGUUAUUGCGAAGUAAAAAAACAACGAGAUUAUGGAAGUCAAUAUUCUUGCAUUUAUUGCUACGGCCCUAUUGAUUUUAGUUCCUACCGCCCUUCUACUUAUCAUUUACGUAAAAACCGUCAGUAAAAAUAAUUAAUUAGUAUUUCAUCUAUUUUGAAAUAAAAUUAUCUCCUGGGUUAGAUCAUUAGAUUAUCUUAUCAAAAUAAAUUCUAUUACAAAUUUUUGAUGGUUUUAAUUAAAAAAAAAGAACUGGUUCAAAUUAGAAAUAAAGCACGAGACUCAUAAAAUACUCAUAGAAUAGACUAAUAGUAAUAGAUAAUAUGUUAAGAAAGUACAAAAUAAAGGAAGUAUCCUAAAUUAAUCCAUAGAUGAUUCCCUUUUUUUAACCCACACUAUCUAUUAACUAUUAGCCUUCUUUUUGUUUGAAUAAUAUGUUUUAUUUAAAGAUUGAAAGAGCAGAGUGGGUUAUUCACAUGUUCUGAAACAUUUUAUAAAAAAAUGAAUAAAUUUUUAUUUACGCAAAACUCAAUUUAGUAGAACCUCUAUAGUCCACUCCUUCCCCAUACUACUAGUGAAAGAGAAAAAGUAAAAACUACCAUUAAAGCAGCCCAAGCAAGACUUAUUAUAUCCAUAUUCAUUAUGCCUCCUAUCAUUAUAACUAGUUAUCAUUAUAACUAGUUUAUUUUUACUAAGUUCCUCAUCAAUUAUAAGAAAUUAAUAAGAAUAAUGGAAUCCCCCGCGUAGAGUACACAUAAAAAAUGAAAAAAGGAUUACGGAAGAUGACCUAAAAAGAAAAUGCAAAAUAUGCGAAACCACAAAAGGAUCUGGCGUUAUUUUCCUAAUUUCAGAAAAAUAGCAAUCAAUAUACAAAAAUAUAAAAAUCGCUAAUUCUCAUUGCGAUCUAAUCUGGCAUCCUCCAUAUGAUAAUAUAGGAGCAUAGGAGCUAGGAAAGAACGGGAUAGAGGUUCUUCUGUUUACGAAAAAAAAUACGAAAAAAAGGAUUUAAAUAGAAUAAAUUCAAAUUAGUAGUAUGCGGAAUUUUUAUUUUCCUUUAUAGGAAUCCUAUGAACAAUAAGAUAUUUGAAAUUCUUUAUAGAUCCAUAGAUCAGGCGACACCCGGAUUUGAACUGGGGAAAAAAGGAUUUGCAGUCCCUUGCCUUACCACUCGGCCAUGUCGCCAAAAGGAUACAAAAAAAUUGGGGAACGACUUUUUUGAUUGUACUUGUUUCUUUCUUUUCUACUAAAAAAAGACUGAGUUUAUUCCACUUUUUUUUUAUUUUAUUUGAGCCAUUAAAGAUUAUAUUGAAAAGUCAGAUGAAAGUGGGAACCUUUAAGCGUAUCAAUUUAACUACGAGUAUACGAAAGCAUCUUUUAUUUGAAUAAAAAUCUUUAUUUCUAAGAUACUAAAAUAAAUAUUUUCAAAUUAUUUAUUUAAUGAUCUAUGAAAUUCUUAAAUCUGUUUUAUAGUUCAGAUAUGGAGUUUGAUACAAUUUAAUGUGAUUCAGUAAAAACAAUAUAAAAUCAAUAAUAAAGAAAAUAAAAAGGAAUUACAAAAAAAAAAUGCUUGUAGAUGGAAAAAAGGACGGAGUUACUACAAUCCCUGGAUUGAAUCAGAUACAAUUUGAAGGAUUUUGUAGGUUUAUUGAUCAAGGUUUAAUCGAAGAACUUUCUAAGUUUCAAAAAAUUGAAGAUCUCGAUCAAGAAAUUCAGUUUCAUUUAUUUGUGGAAACAUCUCAAUUGGUAGAACCAUUGAUCAAGGAAAGAGAUGCUGUGUAUGACUCACUCACAUAUUCUUCUGAAUUCUAUGUAUUGGCAGGAUUAAUUUGGAAAGCAUGUAAGGAUCAAUCUACACGUAUGCAAGAACAAAUCAUUUUUCUUGGCAGCAUUCCUCUAAUGAAUUCCCUGGGAAGUUUUAUAGUAAAUGGAAUCUAUAGAAUUGUGAUCAAUCAAAUACUACAAAGCCCUGGCAUUUAUUACCGGUCAGAAUUGGACCAUAACGGGAUUUCGGUUUAUACCGGCACAAUAAUAUCAGAUUGGGGAGGAAGAUCAGAAUUAGAAAUUGAUAGAAAAGCAAGAAUAUGGGCUCGUGUGAGUAGGAAAAAAAAAUAUCGAUUUUAGUGCUAUCAUCAGCUAUGGGAUUAGAUCUAAGAGAAAUUA